GGCACCAAGGAUCCAGGAUGCUUUGGGGCGGAUGGGGAGAGAGGGGGGCAGAGAGAGCGAGGCAGAGGUAGAGAGGGUGAGUUUCUAUCGCAAGGGGACGAGGGAACCACUGAUCCUCUUUCUCUUAGCAUUUCACCUUUAGGGGAAGUGUAGAAGGAUAUGAAAAGAACAUGAAAGAAAGAAAUCGUCAUUAAACGCACCACGAAGUCCUCUCUUUUUCCUCUCUUCCUCCAUCUUGCUCCUCUCUCAAUUUAAUCUUAAAUCCACUCCAAUUUCCCCCCAAGGGACUCAAUUCUCUCUCUUCCUCGAGAGACACAAGGAGAGGGGUCCAUUCCUCCUGGUCGAGUGACACCAGGAAUUUCCUCUCUCUACUCCCCCCCGCCGCCCUCCUCCUCCACCAUGACACUACUGGCCUCCGAGAGGUCGCUUCUCAUCCGGAACAAGUUCCGCUCAGUCCUGCAGCUGAGGAUUCAGAACCGGAGGCAGAGUGAAAUCAAUGCAGACUCUGGGUUGAAAUCUGCUUGUCCCCCUAAAAAAGCAGAGAAAAACCAGAGUGAAGCUCUGCGUCUAACUGUUGACGGUCCCGCUCAGAAGUUGCCCCCUUGUGGUCUGAAUACUGAAACUGCACAAGAGAGGACUGUGUGUGGCGCCCAGAGGCAGAAGAAGGCUCGCCAGACGCAGGACCUCACUGAGAGGAUCCAACGUCCGCCCGGGCCCUCGGAGCAACAGCACGAACGCACGCUGCCCCUGGAGAACCGCCCUGCCUCUUUCCCUCUGUCCGCUGAUGUCUUCGAAGAUGACAUUUCCUCCUGCCCCUCCUCCUCGCCCGCUGAGCAAUGUGGCGUUCACCAAUCACCAGCCUUUUCUUCAUUGACAGGGCUCUCGGGUGACCAACUACUGAGCGACUUCUCAGCUUUGGGCCCGCCCCUUAACCACAGCCCUGGUCAUGCUCAGUCUGGUUUGGCGUUGCUCCCGGCAACCGAGGGCAUCAGGCAACCUAUGAGUGUAACACUGAGUGAAUCAAACUCCAUGGCAACAACUGGGAGACCAAAUGGGAUGUAUCUGACCUCUCAGACCACACCCCUGCUGCCAAAGACAGCUCGGCCUCCCAGUCCCACCUGCUCCUCCUCCCUGCCCCCCUCCCUCAACUUCAACCAUCUCCCCCGCCCACGGAAACCGCGGGACACCAAACCCAAAAUGAGGAAACUCAAAUAUCACCAGUACAUUCCUCCAGACCAGAGAGGAGGGUCUGGGACUGGAGGAGGAGCCAAACAGAAGAGCCCUACUCCGACCCAGUCUUUAGACCCAGCCUACUCCCAUAUCUUGAAGCAGCAGCAGGUCUUCCUCCAGCUGCAAAUCCUCCAGAACCAGCAGCAACAGCAACAGCAGCAACAGCUACAGCCACAACAACAGCUCACUGUUGUGCCCAGCGGAGAUCACAAUGAUCUUGUGAAGUCCUCUGGAGCCAUGCCCCUGAAUCCCCAACCUGUUCCCGCCACAACAAACCACACCCCUACAGACACAAACCCCGCGUCCAAGCCUGAGCCUCUCCCUGCAAAUCUUGUUGAUCUAACAGUGUCAGAGUUGCGGCAGCAGCUGCGUAAGCGAGGCCUCCCUGUCUCCGGCACCAAGCCUGCUCUGUUGCAGCGUCUCCGCCCGUUCCAGCUUCCCCAGUCUUGCCUCGCCCCUGCUCCCCUCUGCCAGCUGGGUACCAGCCUGGAGCCCCUCGCCUCCUGCCCCCCGCUGCCGCCCAGCCAGAGCCCCGGCUCCAGCUCGAGCUCUGGACGAGACUCGCCCAGCAGCAGCCCGAACCAACAGGUGUACAUCCCGGACAGGGGAGUUCCUAACGGGAUUCUCAGUGACGCUCAAAACGGAAUUCUGAACAACGUGCCGAAUGGUUUCUCGAAUGCCGCGUCAGUCAGUUUGGCGGGCGAACAGUGUCUUUCCAACGCCGUGUUCCUGGCUCCUGCCAGCACCGCCUCAGGAACUCCAAGUCCCAGUCUACCCAUGUCGUCCUCCUCGCCCCUGCAGUGUGGGACUCCCUGGAGAACGGAGAACGAGCAGCAGCAGCAGCAGCAGCAGGAGCUGAGUGUGGAGCUGGAGAUGAGGGAGAGGUUACGGAGCAGGCCCAGGGACCGCUCCACCAAUGCCGGCAACGAGUCUUGUGGAGGAUCCCUUCAUCCGUUCCUGCAACAGGAUCCUGGAUGCUCCAGAGGGAAGCCAGAAACGGACGCACAGACAGAGGUGUUGUUUACGCAGGUGUUUUGCUGCCAGCCGUGUGAUAUGAUUGGCCAGGAUUUUGAGCUGCCGGUGCAGAUUACAGCAAGUCCAGUUCAGACCUUGCCCGGUGUUCGUAGCUUGGAGGAGGAACUGCAGGAGGCUAUCCAGAAAGCACAGAUGGACCCUCGGCAGUCCAUAGAUGACAUCCUGGAUGAGCCCAUGACAUGUGUUGGCUCUGUCAGUGUCUGCGAUCAUAAAUCCCCUGCCCACUCAGUCCCCGGCCCUUCGCCGCCGCCUCCUCCUCCUCAAGCCGAUCAGCCCCAGGCCUCCCAGCAGCACAAGGACGACAGCUUCCUGCCCUCGCCUCUUUGCUCCUCCCUCUUGCUGGAGCUCCCUCCAUCUCCCGCUGUAAUAAACCCCAGCCAGGUGAUCCCAGCUCCUCCCCCACCCCUCAUCUGCACUUCCCCUCCGCCUUCCACCGGGAAGUCACGGAAACGUCGGGCCCCUACGUCGUUCGACGCCGCUGACUGGCUUGAAACGCUGACCUCUGGUCUCCGCCCUCUUACUCCACCGACAGCGCCUUUUGUUGAGUCAGACUUCAGUCUGGAUUCAGACCUGAAUGUCAGUCGAGUGUUGGAUCUAAUGAUAGAGCAGUGGUGAGGGUUUGUGUGCAUAUAUCUGUUUGUAUGUACAGUAGGUGUGUUGAUGGUCAUGAAUGGGGCAAACAUGCAUCCCACUGAGGGCACAAGAUUGUGAAUAAUGGCCUACAUCUGUCCGUCCAUCCAUCAUUGAAAGGCUGUCAGAGUCCUUGGCUCCACGCAAUGUCGAGAGCUGGAUUCAUUGCAGCGAACAGAUUAAACAUGACUUCAACGAGGCAACGAGAGCACAAACACACACGCACACGUAGACACGGUUUAAAAGCAAUUGGGCUCAGCCAGAAACGGCAAACAAGCAACACAUCUGUGGAUUGACACACUCCGCAGCACAAUGUUUGCAGUGCAAAAUAAAAGAAAACCUGGUGGCAUAUUAAUUUAAACAUGCUUCCUGGCUGCGCUGGGAAAAUGUUGUUUCUGACUUAUCUCCAAAACCCGUUGUCGGAUUGGGUCGAGUGUGGCCCCUGGUGUUGACUCAGUCAUUGAGUCCUAGCCAUUCAUAAAGCCCAUUUAGAGAGUGUAAAAGCCAGACAGAGCACGCAGCUUGUGUGUGGCUCCAGACUUUAACCCCGGUGCCAGACACACAGUCGGCAUGCAGAGGGAGAAAGCUGGCAGAAGCUGCAAACAAGCGGUGUGUGUGUGUGUGAAAGCUUGUGUGUUAAGUAUGUGUGUGUUCAGUAUGUCUGACUGUGUGUGACUGAGCACACAAGGCUGCUUCUGUUUUGUAUGUGUCAACACCCAACUGCUUCCAUGUACAUUUAUUAGCAUUAAUGCCAAAUGCACUUGUAGUUAUUUGCUUAUAAUUAAGUGUGCGUGUGUGUGGUAUGAUUGAACUGUGAAGGGAUACGAAAGACACAGAGAAAAGAAAAAAAAGCUGUGGAUUUCUGUGUCCACAUUUCAGACCAGACAUUUCAUUGUAGGCUCAUUGCCAGCGGGCAAUAACUCCAGUGUAGUUAUCCAAGUGUAAUCAUCAGAACAGCCACAUUACCUUGUUCAAGUCACCGUUCUCCAGGAGAGCAAUCAGGCAACUGCCCCAAAAAUAGUCCCCUGUACAAAUGUGCCAAUCAGACAACUGAGAGUUUCCUCAUCGCUUUGCAAAAACAGGUGGUCAUUUUGUUCCCUGAUUAACCCCCAACCGUGUCUGGCCCGCCGCACGGUGCUUACCCUGCUACUAGCAAAGCCAGAUUUAGCACAAUUUAUAACCCAACUCCAAGGCCACACCUGUUCACUUAGUCUGAAUUAAUUCCACACAUGUAUUAUUUGACAUUGUCAAAUCUUUGCUGUACAUUUUAAUACACAAAACGACCAUUUAUAUUAAAAAGAAAAUGCACUGUAGAAUUAGCACAAAAUGUUUGGAGGAUAUGUAGCAUGACCGGAGGUGAGCUCGUCAGUUGAAGCUGAUGCAGUAAAAACUGCCCAUUUUCUUAAUAGUGACUUUUAUAUUCUACAUGAUUUACUGGUCCUACAAAAAUGAGCACAUUAUUUGUUUGCAUAAUAUACUUUCAGUGAGUUAUGUUCAUUCUCAACCCCACUUAACAUAAUGACAUUAAUGUAAAAAAAUCUGACAGAGGUUAGCUGCCAUUAACCUCUGAUAAAUGUAAUUUAGAUACAAGAUCUCAUCUACAUGAGGUUAUAUUCUGCCCUUAAUUGGCUGUGUCCCAUCAAUCAUUUUGGAGAGCUCUGAUUGGCUCAUUCCUAUCUGGAACACUUGUAGAAUUUGAUAUCUAACUGGACGUCCUUCUGUAAGACCAGUAUAUUUUGAAAAAAUGUCCUCAGUCUCCAAAGUAUUGUGUUAAGAUAAAGGUUAAGUGCUGAGUGCAAUAUGAUUCGUGUAAAGGGCACAUAAACUGGCAGAUCUGAGGUCAUCAUGUCAUGUUUUUUUUUGUACGCUAACGUGUUGCUGCCGGCCAGUUCCUUGUUCUGAUGAUAAACCGGUGUCUUACUAAGCAAGACAGCCUUGGUAAAUUAUCGGAAGAAGAUAUCUGUGCAUAGGCAAACCUUCAACACACAGCUUUAUGUUGAAGCAAUUCUUGUACAGCUUUCAGUACAGAGACUAUGAAAAAUGCAGCUGAAUGUGGACGGAUGGCUAUGAUAAUCAUAGCGAUCAAUAAACAUUGCCUGCUGCAUGAAUAAAAAAAAGAAAAUUGAUUGGCAGGAGAGUAAGAUGCUACCUCUUGUGACUUCCAGUGCUUUAGGGCCGACACCAGUGUUAUUCUUGUUUCUUAUUUAAUUUCCAAACACUGGUGCAGAGGUUCCUGGAAAGCCCCUGAGACAGUUUCACAGGUUUGACUAAACCCCAGGUUUACUACUUCUGUUUUAAACUGGGUUUAAAAGUGUCCUGAACUAGAUUUGAAGCUGGUUAGGAUGGACGUCAACUGGAAACACUCGGAGUUUCAGGUAACCGAGACUCUGUCGGCCACUUCUGCUGCUAUAAAUGCCUUAUUGUGAAAAUAACAUGUUUGCUUUUAUUUAUUAUGUAACUUAUUCAUGCAAAAGAUAUCAACCACUGUCCAAAAAUGUAUUUAAAAGCAUUAAGAAAAUUAAAGUCUUAAUAGAUUUUCUA